UGCUGUUCCCAACCCCCCCACCCCAACGCGGACGCGCGCUCACUCCGCGGAGAUGCGGCGCUGACAGCCGCGCACGUUCUCGGCUCCUCAUCGGCGGCGCGCGCCUUCAUCACCAUGUUCAUAUUCAACCAGGAGGACGUGGAGCAGUGCUAUGACAUCGGCGAGGAGCUCGGCAGCGGACAGUUCGCGGUAGUGCGGAAAUGUCAGGAAAAGAGCACGGGCACGGAAUACGCUGCCAAAUUCAUUAGGAAGAGACGGAGCAAGUCGAGCCGACGUGGAGUGUCCAAAGAGGACAUAGAGCGAGAGGUCAGCAUCCUCAAAGAGAUCCGCCACCCCAAUAUCGUCGCCCUGCACGAGGUCUUCGAGAACAAGGUGGAAGUCAUCUUGAUUCUAGAACUUGUGGCCGGAGGGGAGCUUUUUGACUUCCUGGCAGAGAAGGAGUCCCUGACAGAGGAGGAGGCGACAGAGUUCCUCCGACAGAUCCUGGACGGGGUCUCCUACCUCCACUCCAAGCAGAUCGCCCACUUUGACCUGAAGCCGGAGAACAUCAUGCUGCUGGACAGCACAGUGCCUCACCCACGGAUCAAGAUCAUCGACUUUGGCCUGGCACACAAGAUUGACUUUGGCCAUGAUUUCAAAAACAUCUUUGGGACUCCAGAAUUUGUAGCUCCAGAAGUUGUGAAUUAUGAGCCCAUUGGCCUGGAGGCAGACAUGUGGAGUAUUGGCGUCAUUACAUAUAUACUAUUGAGUGGAGCUUCGCCUUUCCUGGGUGACAGCAAGCAGGAAACCCUGGCCAACGUCUCCGCAGUGAACUACAGCUUUGAAGAGGAUUUCUUCAGUAACACCAGUUGCCUUGCUAAAGACUUCAUUUCCAAACUCUUAGUCAAAGAUCCAAAGAAAAGAAUGACCAUUUGGGAUAGUUUGCAGCACCCUUGGAUCAAGCCAAAAGACAAAGAGCAAGCGCUCAGUAGAAAGGAAUCUGCUGUAAAUAUGGAGAAAUUUAAGAGGUUUGCAGCCCGAAGAAAAUGGAAGCAGUCAGUGCGUCUCAUCUCUCUGUGUAAUCGUCUUUCAAGAUCAUUUCUGUCCAGGAGCAGCGGUAGCGUGGCACGCAGUGAUGAUACCCUGGAUGAAGAGGAUUCCAUUGUGAUGAAAGCAAUCAUCCAUGCUAUUAAUGACAACAACCUUUCAGGCCUCCAAAAUCUCCUUCAGUCCCUGGCAGGAUAUGAUGUAAAUCAAACCAACAAGCAUGGGACACCCCCUCUCCUGAUUGCCGCAGGCUGCGGAAGUGUCCGGAUCAUCGAGGCACUGCUGCGAAAAGGCGCUGACAUCCAGGCUCGUGACAAGUCUGGGGCCAACGCAGCCUAUUAUGCAGCACGGAACGGACAUGUGGAAACCCUGAAGUUCCUCCACGACAAAAACUGUCCUUUGGACGUUCAGGAUAAGUCUGGAGAGACAUCUCUGCAUGUGGCAGCGAGAUAUGGCAACGUGGACGUGGUCCAGUACCUCUGCAGUGUUCAUGCCAAUCCAGACUUAAAAGACCGGGAACAGGAGACGCCGCUGCACUGUGCAGCCUGGCACGGCUACUACGCAGUGGCAAGGGUGCUGUGCAAGGCCAGCUGUGACGUGAAUGCCAGGAAUGGCGAGGGUGAGAGUCCCCUCCUGACGGCCUCCGCCAGGGGCUUCCGGGACAUUGCGGAGUGUCUGGUGGAGCACGGAGCUGACCUGGAUGCCGCAGACAAGGAUGGCCGCACUGCCCUGCAUUUGGCCGUGCGCAGGUGUCAGGUGGAGGUAGCCAAGUGGCUUUUGGCAUGUCACUGCCGUGUAGACCACCAGGAUCACCACGGUAAUACCCCCUUGCAUGUGGCAUGUGAGGACUCCAACCUCCCCAUCGUGUGGGCCCUCUGCAAUGCCAAGGCCAAUCUGGAUAUCCCCGACAAGUAUGGCAGAACUCCUCUGCACCUGGCUGCCAGCAAUGGGGGCCUUGAAGUGGUCCGUCACCUGUGUUUCGCGGGGGCCAAUACGGAUGCUGUCACCAAUGAGGGGAAAUCGGCGGAGGACCUCGCCAGGACAGGGAAACACGAGCAGAUCGUGGUUCUCCUGAUGAAGCUUAAAAAGGACUCGCACCGGGGCAGCUUCCUGCAGCAGCUGCGGCCUGGCCAGACCCCUCAGCAUCGCGUCAAGCUCAAGCUGUUCGGUCACUCCGGCUCAGGGAAGAGUACGCUGCUGGAGUCGCUCAAGUGUGGCCUCCUGAGGAGCUUCUUCCGGAGGAAGAGACCGCGAUCCUCGACGGCCAACACCCCACGCUUCCUCCUCACCCCCGCGCCCCCUGAACCCUCAGUGUCCAUGAGCGUCUCCAACCUGUAUCCUGGAUGUGAGAACGUGAACGUUCGCCGGCGCAGCAUGAUGUUUGAGCCCAGCCUCGCCAAGGGGGUCUUGGCGGUCUUCUCUCCCAUGCACAUCACGCCAUCCACGGUGGACGAGCAGUCCACCAAGGCCAUCGAGAUCCAGAACGUCAAUCUGAGCGGAGUGGGUGACUUCAGCGUGUGGGAGUUUUCCGGUAACCCCGUGUACUACUGCUUCUAUGACUACUUUGCCGCCAACGACCGCACAGCCAUCCACCUGGUGCUCUUCAGCCUGGACGAGCCGUACGAGACACAGCUCAACCAGGUUACCUUCUGGCUCAACCUGCUCAAAUCACUCAUCACACCAGAAGACUGCAUCGCCUUUGGUGGGAAGGUGAAGAACCCAUUGCACGUUGUGUUGGUGGCCACACAUGCAGAUGUAGUGAACCUGCCUCACCACGGCGGAGGGGAGUUUGUCUACGACAAGGAGAAAACACUGCUCAAGGAAGUCAGGAGCAGGUUUGCGAAUGAUUUGCAAAUCUCCGAGAAACUCUUUGUCAUGGAUGCCGGGGCAUCGAGCUCCAAAGACAUGAAGCUGCUCAGGCAUCACCUGCAGGAGAUGCGAAAUUCCAUUAUCUCAACCUGCGCUCCCAUGACACCACUGUGCGAGAAGAUCCUUUGUGCCCUGCCCUCCUGGCGGAAACUUCAUCGGCCCAACCAGCUCAUGUCCUGGCAGCAGUUUGUGCUGGCCGUUCAGGAGCAGAUGAACCCCCUGGCCAGUGAGAAGAACCUGAAACACGUGGUCUUGCAGCUGCACAGCAUGGGGGAGAUAAACCUAAUGCAGAGUGACAUGAUUCAGGACGUGGUGCUCUUGGACCCACGCUGGCUCUGCAGCAGCAUCUUGGCUAAGAUGCUGUCCACAGAGACACCAAAAGCCAUACAUCACUACAGGGGGCGCUAUAGCAUGGAGGAGCUCCAAAACCUGCUGGCAGAUCGUAAUGUGGACGAGCUGCUGCAGGUGCUGGACGCCAUGGAUGUGUGCGCGCGUGACCCCCGUAAUCCGGGCAUGGUGGACAUCCCAGCCCUUGUCCGCACCAACGGGUUGCACCACCCCUGGACAGACGAUGACGAUGGAGGACUGGCGUAUGGUGGGGUGCGCGUGGUGCCUGGAGAGCACCUUGCCCCGUUCCCCUGUGGAAUCUUCCACAAGCUCCAGGUCAGCCUGUGCCGCUGGGGCCACCUGCAGCAGCCAGAGGAUGGCGCCAUCCGACUGUGGACUAAUGGGGCCAAGGCCUCGCACGGGGGUGCAGAGGCCGUUCUGCUGCUGGUGAACCAUGGCCAGGGCGUGGAGAUCCAGGUGAGGGGCCCAGAUGCAGGAAAGUGCUACAUCCUGCUGGACCUGAUGUGCAGCCUCGUGGACAACCUGCUGGCGACUUCGCUGCCUGGCCUGCUAACCGUCAGGCACUACCUGAGUCCACAGCAGCUAAGAGAACACCAUGAGCCCAUCAUGGUCUACCAGCCAAGGGACUUCUUUCGCGCCCAGGCGCAUAAGGAGACCACCCUCACCAAUACCAUGGGAGGCUACAAGGAAAGCUUUAGUAGUGUCCUCAGCUUUGGCUGUGCAGAGGUCUACCAGCAGGCUAGCCUAGGGAUGGAUGUCCACAUAUCAGAGGUCUCCUUCCUGGCCAGGAGGAAGCUCUGCCGGCUCCUCGACCCGCCAGAUGCCUUGGGCAAGGACUGGUGCCUUCUGGCCAUGAACUUGGGCUUAUCAGAUCUGGUGGACAAAUACAGCCCAGCAAGUGGGGGCAAUGAGGAAGGUGUGCCCCAGCCCAGCCCCACAGCCUUGCUCUUACGGGCAUGGAGCAGACGCCCCGAGAGCACGGUGGGUACCCUCAUAGCCAAGCUGAGGGCGCUGGGGCGCAGGGACGCCGCUGACUUCCUCCUCAAGGUGUCCCCGGUGUUCAGGGUGAACCUGGAGGUUGCCACGCUGGACAGUUGUGGCCCCAGCUGCAAUGGGGGAACCUCCCACAACUCCAUCAGCUCUGUCAUAUCCCGGUAAAUGAACAGUCGGGUGCAUAACGGGAAGUGCAAUCAAAGUGGGAUCCGGCCCUUACUGUACUAAUCUUCUGCUAAGUGGAACCGCUGAUAUGUGUCCCACCCGGGCUAAUGCACAUCGGACGCAUUACGAACGAGUUCUUCGUUAAUGAAGCAUAGCCUCCAAUUUCCAGUGAUUAAAAAUGACUAAAACUUACUGACACUAGUUUACCACUGGUUUUUCAUGUUUAAACAUGCAUAUUUAAAAUCAGCUUCUACUUGAAAAUAAGUUGACUGUGUGUGUUCAGAAUUAUUUUUUGUGGGGUAAUAGCGGUAUUUUAAUUUAGCAGCCAAUCUCACACAAUCGAAAAAGCUCCCAAGUGUUUAUCCUUUACCUCUCAGUUCUGUCAUCUGAAAGGAAGGUGAUGACGCAGUGCAAAUUUGUGCUGGAUUUUGUAUGACAUAUUUCUUUUUACCCUAUGUAGAACUGAGAACAUGUGGGAGUUUAAAACCAGGGAAAGACCUGGGGAACAAAAAUAAAAUCAAAGCAUUUCCAGUAGCAAUCAUUCAGCAACUAUUACUGCUGCAACCAGCUAUCCGUUAUACAUGUCUUUUGUGUUCUAAUCGGUAAAAAAAAAAAAAAAAAAGCAUACCUGUUAUGUGUAAUGUCUUAGUUUUUUCCAUUUUAACUAUUGAAACUUUUACAAUUCUUAUCUUGCUGGCGAAUGACUAACUUGUUUGUUAUUAUAAAGUAUUACAUCAUUAUCCAAGGUAACUUAUUGUAGCCUGAUCUCGUGGCUUCAGCAUCAGCGCAGACGCUUGACCAAUUAAAAAUGCUUGACCACAUUGAUAUUUUUUUCAUCCUCUCAGACAGGUGACCGACUGUGCGUAAGCUGUGUAACAGGGGUUGAGGACGCCGAAGUGCCUGAUUCUGUUUUGUCAUAGUAAAUGUUCAGCACUGCGUAAAUGAACAACAGAUUUACAAUUGUUUUUUGUCUUUUUUUUUCUUUCCU